GCUAGUACUGGUCACUAAUUCAGUGGGGAAGUAAAGGCAUAGUCCGUAUAACGUUUAGGUCUCAUUUAUUUGAUAUAUAUUCUUUUGUUUUUCUGUUUUGAUAGUGUUUGUCUAAUUCUUCGUAGCGACUGCUUUUGAUAAGAUGUUGGAUUUCUUCGCCAUCUUCAGUAAGGGGGGAAUAGUGUUGUGGUGUUUCCAGGGGGCUGGGGUAACUGAACCCUUUACAGGCCCUGUAAACGCUCUCAUCCGCUCUGUCAUUCUCCAGGAGCGUGCUGGGAGCAGUCCCUUCUCCCACAAUGCCUUAAAUCUUAAAUACAAGCUGGACAAUGAAUUUGAGCUUGUAUUUGUGGUGGGGUUUCAGAAGAUUCUGACUCUAACAUAUGUGGACAAAUUAAUAGAUGAUGUCCAGCUACACUUCAGGGAUCGUUAUAAAAAUGAGCUUGAGCAGCGGGGCGCCCUGAAGUUUUUGAUCAGUUGUUUUGAGUUUGAUGAUGAAUUUUACCGGCUUCUGCGUGUGGUGGAAGCUGAAAGCAUAGCUAAACCUCAAAAGGCCAUGAGGACUUACAGUGAGUCCCAGAAAUCUCAGAAAACUGUGAAAUCUAUGAUUGAGACAAACAUUGGAGACAAAAGCAAGGAGUCUACUAGCAAGAAGAAUAAACAUAACAGGAAAGAAGCAGGAGGAGGGGAACAAGUUGAGAUUUCUCAGGCCACCUCUAAGAAGGUACUGGAGAAUAAAAGCCAGGUCCUGAGCCAGGAGGAGAUCAUUCAAAAGAACCUUGCUGAGUUCAUCCGCAGGCAAGCAGGUGGACGAACAGAAAAGUCUAACAAAUCCCCAAAACUAACAAAGCCAAAGGGGAAGGAGAAACGAGUUUGGGAUAUGGGUGGUACAAGCACCAGAAACCUAGACUACAGUGGAACCAGCAACAAGGGAUCGUUUAAUAACCAAGGGCAAGAUGAGGAGUUCCGAGCUGAAACACAAAUCCAGAUGGGCUCUAUGAAGGGUGACCUGCUAGAUGUGGAUUAUGAAUCCUCUGAGGAUAUGGAUGAGGAAGAAGAGGAACAAAAUGACACAUUAGUGACUUUUGAUGUCAGUAGAAAAGGAGCCAGGAAACAUGGUAUUGGUGGUAUGUUUGGAGUGCUAAAAGGUCUGGUUGGUUCGAAGACCCUGAUUCGGCAAGAUAUGGAACCUGCUUUGGAAAAGAUGAAAGACCACCUGAUUGCUAAGAAUGUAGCAGCUGAGAUUGCCUCACAACUCUGUGACUCUGUGGCCAGGAAACUGGAAGGGAAGGUCAUGGGAACUUUCACCACUGUGAUGUCUAUGGUAAAGCAGGCUCUGCAGGAAGCUCUGGUGCAAAUUUUGCAGCCAAAAAGAAGAGUAGACAUUCUGAGAGAUGUACUUGAGGCACAGGCUCAGCACAAGCCAUUUGUCAUUACCUUCUGUGGGGUCAAUGGGGUUGGCAAAUCUACCAACCUUGCCAAGAUCUCAUACUGGUUAAUUGAAAAUGGUUUCUCGGUGCUGAUUGCUGCAUGUGACACAUUUCGUGCGGGUGCUGUAGAACAGCUGAGGACCCACCAACGGCGACUGAACUCACUGCACCCACCACAGCAGCAUGGACGCCCUGUCGUUCAGCUCUUUGAAAGGGGUUAUGGCAAGGACGCUGCCGGCAUCGCAAUGGAGGCUAUUGCUUAUGCCCGUAACCAGGGGUUUGAUGUUGUGCUGGUGGACACAGCUGGCCGCAUGCAGGAUAACGCUCCACUAAUGACCGCUCUAGCUAAGCUUAUUGCCGUAAAUUCUCCAGACUUGGUGUUAUUUGUUGGGGAGGCUUUGGUGGGCAAUGAGGCUGUGGAUCAGCUGGUUAAGUUUAACCAGGCGCUGGCUGAUCAUUCCAUGUCUGACCACCCGAGACUCAUAGAUGGCAUUGUCCUUACCAAGUUCGACACUAUUGAUGACAAGGUUGGUGCUGCCAUUUCCAUGACUUACAUCACAAGUCAGCCUAUUGUUUUUGUAGGUACAGGACAAACCUAUAAUGACCUUCGCAGCUUGAAUGCUAGAGCUGUUGUAAAUGCUCUCAUGAAGGCCUGAGUUCUGAGAAGAUUUUUGUGCACAGUGCAGUUGGAUAUAGUUAAGGGUUGACCAGCCUUAUUAGAAAUCAUGAACAUAUUGUUUUUUUCAAAUUCCACUUUGCAAAACUUAAUUUAAGAGGAAGAUUAAAAUGUCCAAGGUGUUGGGUAUUAUUUACACUAUUGUACUAAAGAAUCAGGGCUAGUAAAAAGCUAGUGAUAAACCAGUGGUUAUGAAAUGAUCAACAAAACUGUGUUGAUAUUUAGCAAAGUCUAGAAAACAAUAUUUCCUCUCUCUUCUCUUGCUCCCUGGGCACAACCCCACAUGCUGCUAAGCUCUGUGUCCAAAGGAAGAAAUCAAAUACAAUAAAUUAAUACAAUUCCAAA